CGCAUACCCUUUGCAAGUACUUCACAAUUGAGCCGGCAGACGUGUUGAAUCCUUGCGAUUUUAAGCAGCCUGUCGCCUGCUUCGGCACUGCUGAUCAGUUCCGCCCCUUGUACUCCUUCAACAGUGUUGGUUGAAGUCAUAUAAAAAUAUAGACCGUAGGCCCGCCCUAGAUUGAUAGUUCCUGUUACGUUAACGGCAAUUGCCCGGUCAGGCCCCGCCUGAAGUAUGCAGCAGCUGUGCCAAAUGCGUGUCCAUAUGACGCUCCUUGAAGGACAUCGUGUGCGGCCCAAUCCUUGUCGAAUUGGUGCUCCACCGCGUUGGAGUUCACAUGGCAAUGCAUUCGUGAACCGCGAAAGCCUUUGCCAAACCAGCAAGAAAGACGUGGCUGUAACGUCCUCCUCCGGUGGUGACAGCGUAGCCGGCGCCACCAAAGCGUUGCUUCGUGAGUUGGUCGCCGGCACUCUCACCACUACCUCGCCUAAAUCAAAGGGCGGCGCGGUUACCAGCAUAGCGCUCCCAGAAGACCUCCGCAGCCCCACCUACUGCAUCGCGGCUGCCAACCUGGCCACCUUCAUGCUCUGUGUGCUGCUGCCGAUGCUGCCCGCCGCGUCGCUGCUGCUCAACCACCGGCAGCCGCAGUUCUGGCAGUUGCUGACGUCAUGCUUCGCGCACCCCAGCCUAGACAGCCUGCUGCAGUGCGUGUUCUUCACCUACGUGUUCGGCCGCGUGGUGGAGCGGAAUCAUGGCGUCAUCGCGACGUGGGCUGUGUACUUGGCCUGCGGCACAGCCGCCGCCGCUCUGUCCUGGUGGCUGCUGCCUGCCAAGGCCGGGCUGCUGUCCUCCGCGGCUCCCGCGGCCGCCUGGGGGCUGUUCCUGGUGGGGGUGGGGCUGCCGCGGCUGCGCAGCAAGCCGCUGGAGGUGGCCUGCCUGGCGCCCUUCGCAUGCCUGGCCACUCUGGCGCGCUACCAGCCGCUGUCCUCCUCGCUGCUGGUGGAGGGCAGUCCGGUGGGGCAGCUGGCGCACCUGGCGGGCAGCACGCUGGCGGCGGCGGGGGCGGCGCUGGUGCUGGGCUGGGUGGAGGCGGCGCGGGAGGCGAAGGAGCGGGAGCGGAGGGAGGCGCAGCGCAAGGCUGAGGCCGCCAACGCGGAGGCGGCGGUGAACCAGAUCGUGGACAUCGCGGGGCAGACGGUGGCCAAGCUGGGCAAGAUGCUGAGCUGAGCUGGGCUGACGAGGCGUGACCUGACGAGGUGAUGAGCAGAGCACUUGGUGUUGAGCUAAUGAGCCGGGCCCUUGGAAGCGGCUGAUGUGGCGUGACAAGGUGGGACUAGCGCCUGGAGUCCUUAGGCGGUACGACAGUACGACAGCACAGCUUGGGUGAGAGGGCUUCGAGGGGCCACCUAAUGUCGUACGUGGUUCGCAUGUGUAUAUCAUGUAGUUGUACAGUUUCGUGUGCGGCCGAGGAUAGCAUGGAUACCAGGUAGGCAGGUCCGGCGGGGUUGUGUUCGUGCAGCAGGUGUGGGAGAGGGGAACAGUCGUGUGCGCAGGGGGAAUGCACAGCAGGGGCGGUAGAGCAGCUGGGAUCAGUCUGCAAAACCUUGCGUGGCGUGCAUGGAUGAUGCUUUUGAUGCAUGACCGGGUGGCCGGUAUGGCAGGACGGUGGCUUUGGAGCGGAGAGUACCGAUACUAGUAAGUAGCGCAGACAUGCACUCUUAAGACGUGUCGACAUGGCAGGUGUUUGAACUAUGUGCAUAGCGCCUUAUUCUUUUGACGCGCACGCUUGCUUACCUUCGGCGGUGAAAGGCAGCAUGUGUGAGCAACCGUGCAAGUGCCCCUUGCCGCUAAUUACCUUACAGAUAAGGGCAUGUCAAUUCAUUGCCGAG